CCUGCAGCAGUGAAACGAGUGUGAGCGAGUCUGUUUCAUGAUCAAAUGACAGUACCUCAGUAAGAUUUAGUGCCAUGUUUGUACCUACACAAAUGUUCGAAACAGUUGGGAAGCCAAAUAAGGAGUAGUACCGGUUGUGAUAAUGGCAAGUAAGGGAAGAAGAGAUUCUACUGCAGAUAGCAGGACAGAAGCUGCCAUUUUGAGGAACAGAGUUAAAGAACUUGAGACAGAGGUGAGCAGUUUAAAGAAGAGACUAGAAGAUCUGAGGAAAGCCAAGAACACUACGGUGCUGAAGCGUGAGAGGGAAGUUAUCAAUGUAGGAACACCCUUUAGCAAUAGAGAAGCUAAGCAGGGACCUGAUCAGGGAAAAGAAGUGGAAGAUCUGAAGAAAAAAUUAGAAGCUGCUAAGUUGAGUGCUGAGAACACAAACUGUGGUCAUGACAAAAUCAUCGAAGAUUUGAACAGCACAAUAAUGACCCUCCAGGCAGAGAACUACUCCCUGGCAGAGAAGGCAAGCAGUCUGGAGGCAGACAAUGCUGCCCUGGCCAUUCAUAAUGGUGACCUGACUGAAAGGGUCAGCAGCUUGUUGGCAGAGAUGAGUGAGCGUGAAGCUCAGAAAUGUGAGAAAGAAGAGGUGAUAGAGGCAAGGUUAAAGGUGAAGUGGCAACAGAUGUAUCAGGAGUGGAUGGCUGCCACUGAGCAGAAGAUAGAGGAACUACAAGCUGCUAAUGCACUUCUGCGUCGCAUGAUAAGACCUCCACCAGAUGAGACAGAUUCUAGUUCGAAAAGAUCAUGAUGCACAAGUCACAUGUGACAGCCAAUAUGUCUUUAUGUAAUGUCAAUUAAGGGAAUUGUGGUCCAAGAUGAUAUAUAUUGACAUUGUGCAUCAUAAUUUUUGGUGCAUUUCAUACUGUGUGCUCAAAAUUUAUUACCCUGUGUGUGUGUUUGUGCAUGCAUGUUUUUUUUUUUUUUUGUGUGUGUGUGUGUGUGCGAGAGAGAGAGAG